CAGGUCGUUCAUCGUACUCUGGCGGCCAUGUUGGGAUCUUUAGCAGCAUUAGCUGCUCUAGCAGUCAUCGGGGAUCGGCCCAGUCUGGUGACGGUGAUGGAGUGGAUCGACUACGAGACGCUGGCUCUUCUAUUCGGCAUGAUGGUGCUGGUGGCCAUUUUCUCCGAUACGGGCUUCUUUGAUUACUGCGCUGUGAAGGCGUACCAGUUAUCCAGAGGACGAGUUUGGCCGAUGAUCAUCAUCCUCUGUCUCAUCGCUGCCAUCCUCUCUGCGUUUCUGGACAACGUGACGACCAUGAUGCUCUUCACUCCGGUCACCAUCAGGUUGUGCGAGGUGCUUAAUCUGGACCCCAGACAUGUCCUGAUUGCAGAAAUAAUCUUCACCAACAUUGGGGGGGCCGCCACAGCUGUCGGAGACCCGCCCAACGUCAUCAUCGUGUCCAAUCAGGCGCUGCGGAGAGAGGUAUGCACCGUCAAAACCUGUGAUAAUACACUGUGA